AUGACUUCUACAAAUCUUGAUCUUUAUGUUGAUGAAGCUUAUCUUUUAGCUUUGAUCAAUGAAGAACCGAUUCCAAUAUCGGAUGAGAAAUAUGCAGAAGAAUUACACCUUCAAGAAGCUCUUUACUCAUCUUCAUCAAAUCCUUCAAUUCAAGAAAAUCCCCUUUUUAAAAUCCCAAAAACAGAGGAUGUUCUUUACUCAUUUUCAUCACUUCCUUCAAUUCAUGAAAAUUUCCUGUUUAAAAUCCCAAAAACAGAGGAUGAAGAACAGAGCAUUUUAGAAAACAGAGAAAGAGGUGAAUCAUCUGAAACUAAGCUCGUUUUCUGUGGAAUUUGUAUGGAUUACAAACCAAAGACAGAAAUUUUCAAUGGUUUAAACAUUUGCAAUCAUAAAUUUUGCACUGAUUGUAUAAUCAAAUACGUGGCGUCGAAGAUUAGGGAAAAUCAUGAAAUGGUGAAUUGUCCUGAUCCUAAAUGUAAUCAAGCAAUAGAACCAGAAAAUUGCAGUGCAAUUUUACCUAAAGAAGUGUUUGUAAGGUGGGAAAAUGUUUUAUUUGAAGUAAUGAUUCCUGGGGGCAGAAAUUUUACUGUCCAUAUAAAAAUUGCUCUGUUUUAA